AUGACAUUUGCCUGGGGUGAAGAGACUUCAUUGAGUCACAGUUGUCAAGGCGUAGACAGUUAUUGCCAGUCUGCUGUUGCCGAAGACAAAAAGUUGUCCAGACGUCAACAGCAGGAACAGUAUCGACGAAACGAAAAGAAGGAACGAAAGCAGAAAAACAUCAGUAUUACGUCGCUCCCGACAAUGCCGACCUCGUCUCUUCGGAGUAUUCUGAAGCCGUCAACCUCGGAUGAUAAUUUGGUGUGUAGUAAUUACUUGGAUAAACGAGUUCGGAUUGAAGAUAUAAACGGGACCGCGCCUCCCGGAGUGCGAGCUUACUGGAUGCGCGAACGCCAGCUGAGAAAGAGUUUAAAGAGAGGAAAGAAAGUACAGUUUCACGAGAAUUCAGAGCAUUCCAAGCGUAGGGUAGCUAGCUACGGCCCCAACUCACGUCACAACGGAAACGAAGUGUUUUAUGACGAAGACGACGACAGCGACGAAAGGCUCAUACCAAUGGUGUUAAAAAGCGACGAGGAAUCUUAUUGCAAGAAACGGGCGUCGACACCAGUGCCGACCCGGCGUUCAAAAACAGGAAUUUCAAAAAACGGCGCCGAAAAGAUUAAGAGAGAUGACCAGUAUGUCUCGGCUCAAAGCACAGUACCAAAUAUGGGAAGUACCCAAGAUCUCUGUGACGGCAGCAGCAGUAGCAACUACAGCUAUUGUCCGAACGAGAUAGUGACACAUCUAGACUGUCCGAAGAUGGUAUCGAGCCCGCUAGACGCCGAACGAUGCAUGUUCGUUCGUAGCUGCGUAAAAGUAGCCGGCGACCCCGAUGAAGAUAUAAUCGCUUUUAACGCCAUUCGUCGACAAAGCAUAAACCGUAUGAACGCAUUUAUGCGGAGUUCUGGAAGAUAUUCCCAAAGAGGCUACCACGCAUAUUCGUCCGCCAUGAACCGAAGGAUUAACGCCUCUACACGGAGAAGCGUCCGCGGCAAUCCUAACUUCGGGGACGGUCUUGAUUCUAUGGGCCGUCCCAGCAAUCAUAUUCACGUGCCGUUAGCAGCUGUUUACGCAAACGAUUUCGCACGUUCCUCCCUCCGUCUGAGCAGCCGAGGUGUUCCAAGCAGUUGGACCGCCCCGGGCAGAGAGAUACCUUAUCAGGACUCAUUCAGUCGGGCUUAUGGAGGAUUCGAACGAUCCUACGUCCGGGGUUCGCGCCGUAGCAAGCAUACGGGGAGCGCGAGCAAGCAAGAUGGAGCGAUGAUCCGGGGUUCCACUCGCCGGCAAAGCCACCGACGUCGACCCGGUCUUGAAAAUGUCGUCUUUGCCGACGCGCGCGAAUCAACCCGUCGCACGCGACAGCGGCGAGAAGACAGAGAGCCGGACGGUCGACACCGUCAGCCGGCCAAAGAGAGCGCCGAGAACCGACCGGAGAAGCUGCCAGAGACUCAGCCUCAACCCCCAGUCACUCAUCUAUCCGCUAACCAACCAGACUGGCCAUCGUCCAGUUCCUCCUCGCCUUAUUUUGUACGACCCGCGGCACAGGUUAAGAAAACGGUUCAGGAAGAGACGAAAAUCACGCCAGAACAACCUUUGCCGCCGGCGACACCAACGGCUCCUAAGACGCAGGAUAUCAAAAGUGAUUUUAUUCGUCAGGAAGACACAUUGGAAAUCACUUACGAAAGCCCAACGAAACAGCUCGAGAUAAACAUGUCUACAGUACCCGGAGGAGGUGGUGUGCCAACGGUUGGGGGAGAGGUUAAUAUGCAACGUCAUGUGAUGUUACCUUUAGCGGAAGAAGUAGCUGCCGGAGCCUUGAGACGUUCGGCUCGUCAGAAAAAGCGGGGUAUUGCCUACUUUACAUUUCGAAGAGGAAGAGAGGAAGUUGUCAGUGAUUUAGAGGUAAUUACAGAAGAUCAACUUGGUAGACAUUCGCCGGCUUGUAGGGUCUCUACAGACGGUCAUUGGUCGGCCCCUGAAUCAAGAACAGUUGCAACCCGUCCUGCAGUUCCUCCCAAGCCACCACCCCGCCCUGGAAAAGUCUUAACCCCACAAAACGCAGUGACCCCUCUGCCUGUUUUAACGGAAACGAUGCCUCAUAAAGAACCUGCUAAAAUGAAUCAAGCUCCUGUAAGUUCAAUUCUGUUGGCUGGGCCACCGAAGAAAUCGUCAAAUGUCGUCGAUAACGAGCCAAUAUCUAUGGUAAAUGCCGCUCAAGAACUCGAGAAGCAGUUGGCGUUCAUCGCUCGGCGACGUCCGCCCGUGAUUCCGCCGCCAGAUUCGGCUUCGGUUCCGGUGCCGAGGGUGGACAAUUCAAAGGAGACAGAAUCCAAUGCGAAGCCGGAUAAAUCAAAGAAGCCGCUGAAAAAGAAGAAAAAAGAAGAGGAAAAAAAGACGAAGAAGAAAGAAGGGAAAGAGAAGAAAGAAAAAGAGAAGAAGAAGAAGAAGGAGAAGAAGAAAAAGAAGAAGAAAAAGGACAAGGUGAAAGAGAGAAGAACGUCCGAAAGCGGCGACGACGCCUCUGGCGACAAAACGAAAUCAACGCCGGAGGGCGCUCGGCGGACGGCGAACGCAAAUGCUAAAACAGCAUCCAAAAAGAUACCCCUGAAACCACCCCGAAAAUCGGUCUCCGUGGCCGCAAACGAGAACCGUCAGACUGGCCGUCCGACUGACCACAACACUGACGAACAGGGGCACUUGACUGUGAUCCAGGUUGUCAACUCAGCGGCUGGGACUGACGAAGACGGUGCCGCCUCUGAAGGAAGUAGACUUAAAAGCGAAUCGGGUUUUACACGCCUCUCUCGAAAGAUCUCCCAUCGUGUGGGGACCUGGGGUAAGGAUUUUAAGCGGCUGCUUAGCUUCCGCAGGGAAAAGCCACGCGAUGAUACUUCAUCUGUAGGUGAAGAUGAAAACACAGACUUCAAUAAGGUCACAGAUCAACCGGAGGAGGUGGCUCAACCUGUGCCAAACGCAGUCGUUGACAACAAAACAAUGAAUGCAUCAGGCGCAUACCUACCUGCACAGACUCACCCUAAAACGCCUUUGUUACCCCCUAAAUGUACCCCAGUACCCGUACCACAGCCGCCACCUUAUAUCUCUGCUAACAAGGCUGAUGAAAACUUCUGGCUGCACCAUUUUUUUUUUAAAAAUUGUUUCUUCUCUUUUCUUUCUUUCUUGUUCGACAUUUUUUUAAACUAUUUUUAUCGUUUUACGCUUUUCUCUUCUUUCUUUCUUUCUUUCUUUCUUUUCCUCUGUCUUGCUUUUUACACUGACCUUUCUUUCUUUCUUUCUUUCUUCCUUUUUUUCUUUCUUCCUUUCUUUCUUUCUUUCUUUCUUUUUACAUUGACCUUUCUAUCUUUCUUUCUUUCUUUCUUUUUACAUUGA